AUGGAGAAGCUGGGAUGGAGCUGUUUCUUUCUGGUCAGUCUGUCCGGGCCCCUCUGGGCUGUCCCUGUGGCUAGCUCCAGUGACCUCUCCUACUGGAUCUCAGCAGUCAAUGAAGAUACAGGGUUAAAUUUGGAGGCGCUGAACAGCAGGAAUCGGGGCUCCCUUAGACAGAUUCUUCCAAGGUUACUUGGAGCACAGGUGGACAAUCAACCCAGUAAAUCUGGUUUAGGACACAACAGCUUCACCCCAAGAGAAAAUGUCAAAGAGGCUCUCUUUGGAAACUUCCCCAGGACUGCUUUGCUAAACCGCUUACUGACCAAGGACAAGAAACGGAGCAGCCUCUCUGAAUGCUUCUGGAAAUACUGUGUGUAA